CCUAGAUCUAUGAACUACGUUUCUAAAAAAAAAGAAAAAAAAUAUUAAAAAGUGAAAAUGUGCGAAAUGUUAUAAAACCGGAUGUAAAUCGUUUGUUGUUUUUGUUGCCAUAUUGGGAAUACACGCGUUCCGGUCUUGCUGCAAUAUUGUAGGAAGACAGUAUGCCUCCUAAGAAGAAAGAUGAAGUAGAAAAGCCAGCAUUGAUUGGUAGGCUGGGCACCAAUCUAAAGAUUGGCAUUGUGGGAUUGCCUAAUGUAGGCAAGUCCACUUUUUUUAAUUGUUUAACAAAAAGUCAGGCACAGGCAGAAAAUUUUCCAUUUUGCACUAUUGACCCUAAUGAAAGCAGGGUGCCAGUACCAGAUAAAAGGUUUGAUUUCCUAUGUGAAACUUAUGAGCCUCUCAGUAAAGUUCCAGCAUUCCUCAAUGUUGUAGAUAUUGCUGGGUUAGUGAAAGGUGCUCAUGAGGGUAAAGGUCUUGGCAAUGCUUUCUUGUCAAAUAUCAGCGCUUGUGAUGCCAUUUUUCACUGUGUUCGUGCUUUUUCUGAUGAAGAGAUUAUCCAUGUAGAGGGUGAGGUGGACCCAUCAAGAGACCUUGAGAUCAUCCAUGAUGAAAUUAGGCUGAAGGAUAUUGAGUACCUAAACAAACACAUUGAGCCUCUGGACAGGAGUGUCACUCGAGGAGGAGCAGAUAAAAAGAAGAAGGAAGAGCUGGAUGUUUUAAAGAAAGUUCAAGAACUGUUAAAUGAAAACAAAUGGGUUAAGAACGGAACUUGGGAUGCAAAAGAGAUUGAAGUUUUGAAUCAACAUUUGUUUCUGACUUCCAAACCAGUAAUCUAUCUUGUGAACUUGUCAGAAAAAGAUUACAUUAGGAGAAAGAAUAAAUGGUUAAUGAAAAUUAAGGAGUGGAUAGAUGCCAAAGAUCCUGGUGCAACUGUAAUUUUAUUUAGUGGAAUCCUAGAGUCCAAACUUCUAGAUAUGGCCACACAAGAAGAAAGAGAUGCUUAUCUGAAAAAUUUAGAAACUACCAGUGCUCUAGAAAAAAUUAUUGUUAAUGGUUACAAAGCAUUGAACUUAAUCUACUUCUUUACAUCUGGUAAAGAUGAAGUCAAAGCUUGGACCAUUCAGGUUGGAACUAAAGCACCUGCGGCUGCAGGACGUAUCCACACAGACUUUGAGAAAGGCUUUAUUAUGGCUGAAGUAAUGGCCUACGAUGAUUUCUUUGAACUGAAAUCUGAAGCAGAAUGCAAGGCUCAUGGCAAAUAUAAACAGAAAGGUAGAGACUAUGUUGUUCAAGAUGGGGACAUCAUUUUCUUCAAGUUUAAUGCUGGCGCAGGUCUCACAGGGAAGAAGAAAUGAUUGCUGGUCCAUCCUGUAGACAUGAAUUUAAUUUAUGUAGAGUGUACAUUUGAAGGCUAGGUCGUGUACAAAACUGCUUUCUGUUUUCAUGUGUUUUUU